AUGAAUCAAGGGGUAAUACAUCCAUCAAUAUUUAUGAAGAUACAAACGCAACACAUACCUCAAGUUUCAACUCCAAAGGGCCAAAGUGGUGCAUUUCCUUAUCUUAAGGGGAGUUUACAUAGCUUGCAUCCAACUACAAGUGAUCCACGCAGAGCUUCAUCUUCUGUAUUACCAAUAUCACCAGUUGUUGUAGAAGCACCAUUAGAGAAAGGCAAUGAUGUUUUUUCCAUACAGAAGGGGCUUGCCUUUAGGAUGAUAUGGGCUCCAUUUGAGCGAGUGACAUUUUUGAUGCAAUGCCAGAAUGAAAUCAUCAAGACUGGUCAACUAUAUGCCCGUAUUCGCCUAGCCACUGAUAUGAGCAACAACACUUCUGGGAAGGUCAGCGAAAGGCAGUUUAAUGGUCUAAUUGAUGUUUGGAGAAGAAACAUUAAAACUGAUGGCAUUGUUGGACUCUACCGUGGUUCUAACAUUUCAUAUGUCCACACUUUAUUACAGCAUGCACUCUACACAGGAAUCUCUGGGCCAAUGCUAAUGUUACUUAAAUUCUUUGGGUUGCAGCUUGAUUCUUGGUGGCAUUUUACUGCAUUGGGGACAGCAACUUCUGUUUUGGUGGUUACGUACCCAUUGGAUAUUGUACAUCACAGGAUGGUGAUGAGAUCAGGAGAAGCUAUCAAGUACAAGAGUUCAUUUCAUGCAUUUUCUCAAAUCCUGAAAACAGAGGGUGUUGGGUCUCUUUACAAAGGUGCAACUGCACAAAUCCUUAAAAAUAUCGUCUUGCUUUGUCUUGUGCUGAGUCCUGUCAACUUAAAGUAUUUGAAACGACAAGUAAAUCUGGAGAUUAAAGUGAUCAAGGAAGUUUCAGAAUAA